UGUACCGAUACCUCCAGAGCUACACCGAUCACUUUGGCCUCAGACCCAAUAUCCAGUUGAAUGCCGCCGUCCAAGACUUACGCAGAAUCGAUGGACAGUGGGAACUCGUCCUCCUCAUAGACGGAAUUGAGAAGACCGCACGCUUCGACAAGCUCAUGGUUGCUGUUGGAACGUUUCAUACUCCGAUUAUCCCAGAGAUAGAGAAUAUCGACAAGUUUGCCGGCGAUGUCCGCCACUCCAUCACAUUCAGUCCCUCUGAGCAGUACAAGAACAAGAGGGUGCUGAUAGUCGGCUUCCAUGCCUCAGGGGUAGACGUAGGCUCCUCUCUUGCCGGCAUCGCCUCCAAGAUCCUUUUCUCCCGCAAGAACGGAACAAUCAUUCUUCCCAAAUUUGGACCGGACGGACGAACUUUCGACCAGGCGUUGACACUGCCGCUGAUGUUCUUCCAGAUGACCUUAGAAAAGUAUCUGCCCAGGCUCUGGUAUUAUCUACUCGACAGCAUGUGUAUCCAGAUAAUGAAUAAGGCUUUCCCGGGUGCAGCUGAGAAGUACCGCCUGUUGCCCGCCCCAUCGAUGGAGACAACAACUCCCCUGAUUGUCGACCAAAUCUGGCCAUUCCUCGAAUCUGGAUUUGUCGAGCUCACAGGUGCCGUGAAGAGAGUCACAGGUCCAAGGUCAGUAGAGCUGAUGGAUGGGACGAUUCUGGAAGACCUAGACGCCAUAAUAUACUGCACCGGCUACAGAACCGAGGUCCCCUGGAUGCCUCAGGAGUGGCAGCCUGUCCCCAGCCCGGGUGAUCCACCCUCGCUGUACCAGAACAUCUUCCCACUGCACUCGGAUCCCGAGGUCCGCAAUUCAUUGGCAUUCAUGGGCCAGGGAGCCACGCCAUUCCCCGGAUUCGCAAUGCUCGAAACAGUCGCCAUGACAGUCGCACAGGUCUGGAAGGGCAAAGUCCAGCUGCCACCGCUUGAAGAGAUGCAGAGUUGGUAUCAGAAUAACGUGGACAGCCGUGAGGCAGUGAAGAAGCGCAUGAAGUACGAUGCAACCUACUACCCUCUGCUGCUCCCGCUGGGACCCUGGUGGUCAUUUCUUGACAAGACCUCGGGGACUGAUAUCAUCGAACACUUUUCGUGGACGUCGUGGAAGAGUUGGUCCUUCUGGUGGCGCGACCGAGAACUGUACCAGACCUGCAAACAGCAGCCCCUGUCGCCGGCGGUGUUCCGAUUGUUCCAGGGGGACAAGCGCAAAGCUUGGGCGGGCGCGCGGUCGCAGAUCUUGUACGACCAUCGACUAGCGGAGAAACGGAGUCAGAUCAAACUGGAGAGGGACAGGGAGGAUAAGAAGGAGCGUUGA